GAUAUCCCACAGACUGAACGUGCCACUCCAUCCAGACAAAGAACUCCCUGUGUCCAACAAUGCAAACCUGCAUUUCCCAUGACUUCAAAUCCAGCUAAUCUCUCACCCUGUUCCCAACGACAAACAAUCGCCCUGAUUCAUGGCUGCAGCAGGUUUCGCGGUGGCGGAUCGUAGGUAAACCCCGUCACAUGACCCACCGUGCCCCGCGUCUCUUCCCUGAGCAGAAGGCGGCGGCAGCAGCAGGAGCAGCGGGAGCCGCAGCAGCAGCAGCCGGGGACUUCAUGUAAACACACCGCUCGGGGCUUUGUUCAGGUCACACCGAGACACUCCGCCGGUUCCGUCCCUGCUAGUCAUGCCAUGGAUAUUUUGUGGCAAUACCAGUUCAGAAUCAUCCUGCUCGGGGACUCCACCGUGGGGAAGUCGUCGCUGCUGAAGCGCUUCACGGACGGUAUCUACAGCGAUGUGGCGGAUCCCACGGUCGGGGUAGAUUUCUACGCCCGCUCGAUGGACAUCGAGCCCGGGGUGAAGAUAAAGCUGCAGCUCUGGGACACGGCUGGUCAGGAGCGGUUCAGGUCCAUUACAACUUCAUAUUACCGCAACUCUGUGGGCGGGCUGCUAGUUUUCGAUCUCACCAAUCGCAAAACCUUUGACCAUGUGAGGGAGUGGCACAAGGAGGUGAGUGAGCACAUCCUACCUCACCACAUGGUCUACAUCCUCAUCGGCCACAAGAGUGACCUCAACAAGGACCGCAAGGUGACCCGGGACGAGGCGGAGCACCUGGCGGCCGACCUGGGCAUCCGCUACGUGGAGACCUCGGCCAAGUGCAACAGCAACGUGGACCGGGCCUUUGAGCUGCUGACCAGAGACAUCUACGAGCUGAUGAAGAUGGGUGAGAUCGUCACCCGCGACGGAUGGGAUGGUGUGAAGAGCGGCCUCACUGCUAAGGUCCUCUACCCGGCCGAAGAGGAGGAACUGGCUACGGCGUCCGCUGAGAAGGGCUGCCACUGCUGACUGACAUCUCUCUGUGUCCAAACACUGUCCCGUCCCACCUAGAGCUCGCCAUGUCUCACAGCCGUCCAUCAGGGCUCAGCACCCCAUGAUAACCACCAUCCAUCACUUCUUCACCCUGUGCUUCGUGCCCUCUCUGUGUGUGGGAUGCCUGAGAUUCUUUUCAAACAGAGGGGGUCAGUGAACAUCCUGGUGUGUAUCUUAUAAACAAGUUGUGUUUUUAAAUUCAUACGUUGUGGCACGAGACAAGCUGUUUUGAACCUUUUAGGUCAAAAAACAGAAAAGCGUGUAGAGGUGAUCGGGUCUUGGGGCUGAGGGUGUAGUCAGUACUCCUUUUUAUAGCACUGGAGAUGAUGUUCUACUGAGGAUACUGAUGAUACUGCGGCCGGGCAUCACUCCACCUUCACUAGUGUGUGGUUUCUACCUGUCAAAGUUUGUGCAACGCUUUGCCUGCAAUCCUAUGUGUCUGUAAUAUUGUAAAUAAUAGUGAAGUCUGUAGAGAUGGAAGCCGAAAGGUCACUAAAAGCUAUUUACUUAAUAUCGUGAACAGACACAGUGCACUCAACAAUAAGUGUCACCAUAUGAAAUCAAUGUGCUCCCCCCUGCUCAUGUAAGCUGUACGUGCACUAACGCCAAACUGACUUCAAAUUUGGAUCAUUCUGUGAAUACUUGAGUAAUGUUUUGUAAAGAAAAAUAGAGAUUAUUUCUAGUUAAGGUGUACACAUAAAGAUAGGUCAUUGUAAUUAGGAUAGAUGGUCCUAUUUAGGUAUUUGUAUUAUAGCAUCAACCGGAGCAAGACAUCAACAUCAAACGAGUGAUCUCUCUGACCUUUUGUUGUGUCGUCAGUAUUUGUAAAGACGUGUUUGAUUAAGAACAAAAAGGAGUUUUGAUUUUAUCGACUGUUGUUUGUAGCUUAAUCAAACAACCACUUCUUUUAUUCUACGCUCAUUCAGGUCCGAGGUGGUGAUGGACUCAUUAAUUAGGUGGAUGGAUGUGUUGCUCCCCUUUAUGUUGUGUUUCGGAGUUGACAGAGAGCAGGAAUUGUGGGUUCAAGUCUCACCUCCAAGUCGAAGGCCUGGGAAACAUUAGUCAAACCUGGGGAUCCGACAUUAAUGAUAAACUGCAGAAGCUAAUAAUGUCCGGGGGGGUUGAGCCAUGCAGCAAAUAUGCAGAAACAUUGCUCCUGGAUUGGCUUUUAUUAAGAGACCUGUGUCACAUGUUGUUGCAUCUUUCACUGCUCAUUCAUCAGGGCCUCCAAAUAAUAGCUCAACAUUUUGAGAAUUACGCUCAUUAGCUUUCUCUCUGAGAGGUAACUAAGAAAUUGAUGUGUUGCCUCAUGUCUGUGUGUGAAGUAAGAAUCUUGAACCAUUAGCCUAGCUUAGCUUAGAAUAGGGGUAAACAGCAAGCCUAGCUGUCUCCAGCCAUUAGAAUUGCCGGCUGUUGCCAGUGACAUCACCAUGUGUGGUAAAAUUGUGCCUGAAAAGAACGAAUAACUACACAUGGCAUCAAUAAAAAUCAAAUGAGAGGGUUAUAACAUGCAACUAUUUCUAAAAUAUAGAGAUUUUUAUAAUUCUGUUCGGGUCCAUAUUAAACAACUGAGAUGAUGCGUUACCUUAGAGCUGUUUAAAGAUGUAUAUUGUUCCACCUUCUGUGGGAGCAGUUUCCCCUGCUUCCAGUCUCUAUGCUAAGCUAGUUAUCAAAAUGCUUGUUCUUAAUCAUGAAAAUCUGAUCUCCAUCACAUCAUCAUAAACACAAAUCUCAUGUGGAAAACUGUUGUUUAAGUUCCUGAAAUUCUUUUGAUAAGCAAGUAAUGAACGAAGACGUAUAAGGGCCGUAACGAGGAAGCGAUUUUUCAACAAUGAGGUCAUGUUAUCUCAAUAAGUACACGUAAUAUUGAAAGAAUAAAGUCACAAUUUAAUGAGGAAUAUUAAACUCAUAGUGUAAUUAGAAAAUUAUUCCUUACUUCAGAAUAGACACUGAUUCUUGCCCAAUCUUUUUAAAGUCUGGUUACUUCUGAUAACACGGUGCUGAUGUGACAAAGGUAUUUCAUUAUUUGUGAAACCUUUACUAAAGUUUAACUUAACAUGGUCCUCAUGCCUGAUUUUAACACAGGCGACAGGCUGAUCACGACUUUAUUCUUGUAACAUGACUUUAUUCUCGAAAAUCUCAGAUUCCUGUGAUGGUCAGCUUGCUGUUCUUAGCAGUGAGAGGAAUUUCUGAUGAAGGCAUGUCUACACACGAUUUAACACUGCACAUGACAGCAAUAACUACCUUUAACACAGACGAUGGCGUAUGCUCUCAAGUCUCUGGAGUCUCUUUACUGCGCCAUUAAUCUGGUGUUUAUGAGCCGACAAUAGACUACAGUACACUUGGCCUGAGCACUCACCUCUCCUCACACACUUUAAUCACCUUUCACCGGCAUCUUGUUCACAAACACACUGUAAACAGCAAGAGAUUAUAUGCGUUCUGUUCGUACUUUGCAUUCAUGUGAUCAAGCCUACAUUUUUUCUUGAGUUAAUAAAUGCUUUGGUUGCAGCUUAGUAUUCAGUAAGGAAUGUAUUGUAAAAUAUUUGCACCAUCCCUUUAUUUUAAUUUUACUUUAUCUGUACAGGUUCACACUGUAUUCUCCCUGGUCACAUGUUAUAGUCAGGUUUAAAUACAGUGUAACUAUAUGUGAUACAUGUUUUCUGUUUGUUUGACAAUCAGACGUUACCAUCUUAUGUUCGGGGUGAAGUCGAGGACUCAUCUGUCCAGAAUCUCCGUGUUACAGCAAGUCUGACUGUGUUUAAUACUACAACUACCUUCCUCACUCUGCUCUCUCAUGUAAACAGGGUUACAUUGUAUGAUAUUGUUUACAUUUGUACAUUGAGACUCAGCAAACUGUUCUCCAACCAGCCUGGUUCCCAUAUCUGCAGUACUGCACUGAUCAGAGUGAAGACAGGGGCCUGGUUAAAUGUAAAGGAUAACUCUGGAAACACAUGAACAAUUUGCUUUUUGAAGGACUCAUUAUACAGGAAGAAAUGUGUUUAUUUCUCAUCAUCCAGUAGUGGGCGCCUCAAUACCCAACAAUGAUUCAAAAUGUAUAAAACAUGUGUACUUGUACAAAUGCAAAUCUUCCGUCCACAUUCACAGUCCUCUCUCUUACUGGAAACUAAAAAAGGAACAGUUCAACUUUUCUUGAAAUAUGCCUUUUCCCGUUCUUUCUGAGGGCAAGAUGAUGAGAGGAUCCCACAAACAAACCUUAAUAUCGAUACUGAUCUUCUCCUCUCACUCACAGAAAGACAGCGGACACGCCAAUUUCCCCAAAAUGUUGAACUGUCCCUUUAAUGAUUUUACAUUAUCCACUGGAAUGAUCAAACCAACCCGCUGAUCGGGCUUCUGUCCCACAGGAUGGUACCUGGAACAAAACUAUACCCGAGCCCCAUGGUCACAUUUCACAGCUUUAUUGAAUAA